AUGUCGUCGGUGUCGAAGGGUGGGCUCUCAAGCGCUGGUGGGAAUCCUCUUGCCGUUUUGAUGACGGACAUGUUUGCCCCGCUACCGCUGCAGCAGCGAUGGAAGACGCUUCUUCUGUUUGCUGAGCGUUGGCGUGUCUCCCUGCCGUCGAAGCCCGCAGGCGACAAGAAGGAUGCGUGCCGCGAGGUGAUUGGCCGCCUGGCUGUGAAGAUGGGCCGCGUGAUCUCCCGGAAGGCUGAGGUGCAGCAGGGCGGGCAGGACAUCGGGUUGGGCACACUGCGCGGAAGCAUCGACAUGCGGAGGAGUUCCCGGCUUAGCAGAGUAUCUUUGACGUCUGCUUCAAUUACGCAUGAAUGUCUUUUUGCCCCUGCGGGCAGUGCUCUUGGGUGUCGUUGCUCAACGUCCACUAAUACGACUACAAUCAAUAGUGUCGAAUUUGUAGGUUUCUCCCAUUUGUGA